AUGGGAAAGCCAGUGAGCAUGACUCGCGUUGAACUGGCUUGCUUGCGCUUGCGGUUGCGGAGCUCACUCCUUGCACUCCCGAGAAAAGCUUCGUAUACUGUAUGCGCAGCACACGCGCCUGUUCACCCUCAAUGCCCGCCUAUGCCAUCAUGCCAGUCUGCACUCCGGACGCUUCUCCGUAAAUGGUCCUCACAGCCUCCUGCCAACUACACACAAUGGCACCUACGACAGCAACAUCUUGCCCGCAGCUACGGGACCCGCAGAGAUGAGAUCAAGAGCGGUCGGAAGGCAGGUCUUUCCAGCCUUGACGCAGACUCUUCUUACUUAGACCUGAUACUGGGGCCAAGAGAAAAUGGUGCGGCACAACAUGUCAAUCAGCAUGCUCAAAACCGGUGGGACCAGGGAGUCGAAGAAGCAGAGGAUGAUACGCAUGGAGACUCGUCUGAGCCUGCGUCUACAGGGAGAAGGCGGAGGAAAGCAAGAGCUUCCACGUCGUCUAGGCUAUAUGGGCGUGGUUAUGACAUUUCCGAUCGUGCUAUCCACCAAGAGAACGACCAUACUUUCAGACCAGAGCUACCAAGAACCGGCGAUGCAGCACGACCUAAUCUUCUCCAGCAACAGAGAACACUACAGAGUGAUGUUGAGCCUCCGAUCAAGUCUGAGCAAUUUGCCAAAUCAGGCCCUGAGGUCCGACGAGGCGUGCCUCGAAAAGGCCCAGUGCAGAUGAAGUCUGUCUGGGGACGACAUCCCGCGUACAAGAGAGUUAUAAAACGUCCCGCGACCAAGAGAGUUGGAAAACCCCUGGAAUUGAGAGUCGCUGCUCGUCGGCGUGAAGAGUACCAUCGUGAGGUUUUGCGGCUCAUUAAUCAUGUCAAGAACUCGUGCGCGACGAACGACGCCGGGACGCUACAACCACCAACUGUCGCCCCGCAAGCCAUCGUCGAGCUAGACACAGUUUUGGAAGAACUUGAAAAGCUCGAAGAGGUCACUGUAGGCUGCUUGCGCCAGUCAAUCAGCCUGAGUCUAUGGCCACAUGCUCUGCUUUGGCUCUUGCACCACGAUCCUGAUCGGUCCUUAGACUUUCUGGUGGCGACGUUCGGGCAGGUCUACCAGCACAACUUUUGCAUUCAGGGUUCUUUGAAGUACUUGGCAUUGCUUUACUCGUCCCGGGGCGAUACGUCCGCUAUCGAAAAGCUAGUGGAGGUAGCAUUUGCUCUUACAGAUGCUUGGUCUAACGUCCGCUAUAUGCAUGGCAAAUGGGAUGGACGAUGGUAUGUUCCCAUCAUUCCUUUCUGUAGCAAGGAAUCCAGGAUCCGAUUCUUCAAGUACAUGAAAACCUCGGACAAGGUUAAUAGAACACACUGGCCUACUUGGUUUCACUUCGUCAACGCUUUCGUCAAGGACAGUCAGUUUGAUCUCGCUCUGAGCGCUAUUCUGGAGGCGAGAGCCGCUGGAGCGCCGUUGGAUUCCUACGCAUUCCAAAGCUGCUGUGCGACCUUGCUUCGCAAAUCCAUUCGGCAUACUGGAGGUCUACGAGCAUGCAUUGGCAUAGUCGACAAUCUGCUCAGUAUUGGCUUACCCCUCAACAAUCAGCUCGCCAAUAUCAUCAUGCUGAAUGCGGUCGAGGCAGGUGAUCUCAAGACUGCUUUCUCCAUUUAUCACUCACUUGUCGACCAUGGUUUGCAAGCCGAUGCAUACACCUAUGCUAUCCUUCUGAAGGCCUGCAAAGUCACCAUAGACGACGCUGAGAUCCUGAAUGCAACCAUCCGUGACGCCCUUUCACACAUAGACAUCCACAAGGAGGUAGUACUGUCGACCGAGAUUCUUCAUUGCUUGGCGUUGCACCAUACAAAACACAAUUCCGAGCGUGCUUUUGAGAUUGUUGCCGACGCCUACGCUCAACUCUUUGACCUCGGACCGCUUCGAGAUGUCGGACUGAUGCCUUCCAAGCUUUCGCAAAUUGGAGAUUCAUCAGAAGCUCGUCCUUUGCCCUCCUAUUAUACCAUGUACAUCAUGAUAGCCACCUACUUGGAAGCAUUCUUCCAGGGCAGGGACCCAGAUGUUCGCAGCGCCUUUGCGCUCUACCAGCGGUUCAAAUCUGCUGUCGAGGCCGGCACAGAGCCAUUCGCGUCCAUGGCGCAGUACGACUACACCUUCAAUGCUUUCCUCUGCACCUUUAUCAAAUCAAAGCGGGGCCUCCUAUACGCUGCCGAAAUCGUGAAGGAUAUGCAAGGCAAGAACCGACCCAAGGACGCAAGGCAUCCAUUCUGCCAACCUACAGUCUACACCUGGUCAAUCUUCGUCGACGGCUUCACCCGGCACGGUCAAAUGCAACUCGCAGAACAAGUGCUCACCUAUAUGCGAACAAAAGGUAUUCAACCCAAUAGUGAGACCUACAACACUCUCCUCGGGGGCUACGCUGUUCUACACGACUCACAAAGCAUGAUCGAUGUCCUCGGACGCAUGGAAAGUGACGGAAACACCUGGAACGAAUGGACUGUCAAAAACAUAAGCAAGCUGAAAGACCGAUCGGCUUUCAAUGCGGAGUUGCAGAAGCAGAGACAAGCUCAAGCUUUGGAUUUUACGGCUGACUUGAGAGACGGGUUGGAGCAAAGAUUGUCUCGAGCGGAGAUGGGGGAAGUGCGUGCGCGGUAUUUGAUUGAUGAGAGCGAAGAUGAAAGGGUUUCGAGGGAUUACUUUCAGGACAGUGACGGUGGUCAAAACCAUUCUGCUCCUCCUGCCGCUGAUGUCCAGACAUUCUACUCCUGCUCUAAUGCUUUGAUUCUCCCAGCUCAUGAGGAUGGCACCGUUUCACGAUUGAGACCGACUUCGCUCACCUCAGCGCAAUGGGCCGCACCUGCUCCACAACAGCCGGGCGAGCGUCGCGUAAUCCAGGUUCAGGAAAGAUGGGCCAUAAAGGGCACAGUGCACACGAGAGCGACAGGCCAUGCUUUCGGCCGAUGA